CCGCGAUCUUGCACAACCCCCCGCUGCCUGGCGGGACUUGCUUCCUGCAAGCGGCAGCCGCCCCCGGACCCCCCGCCCCGCCGCUCACGGGAAAGCCCCCGAGGCCAGCGGCAGCCUCGCAGAGCCGCCCGCCGCGCCCCGCUCCUGCCGCCCGCCCGCCGCGCCAUGAAGACCUUCGUGAAGUGGCUGCUGGGCAUCCUGGGGGUCGCCGUCGUCGUCACGGUCAUCGCCGUGCCCCUGGCUCUGCUCACCGGCGACAGUACCUCUGAGCCUGAUCCACGAAGAACAUAUACUCUACAGAAUUACUUGAACAAUGACUAUAAGUACAAAACACAUAAUUUACAGUGGAUUUCAGGAAAUCAGUAUCUUCACAAAACAGCUAAUGGGGACGUCCUACGUGUUGAUGCUGCCACCGGAACAUCCUCAGUAGUCUUGGCAAAUACAACAUUAGAUAAAUACAAGGCAACCACAGUUAUAUUGUCUCCUGACCAAAAGUUUGCUCUUCUGCAGUACAGCUAUACAAAGUUGUGGAGACAUUCCUAUACAGCUUCAUAUCACAUCUAUGAUUUCAGUAACAGUUCUAUCUUAGAUGACGGACUACUACCUAAUGAUACACAAUAUAUAUCCUGGUCACCUGUUGGUCACAAACUGGCAUUUGUUUGGCAGAAUAAUGUUUAUAUAAAAGCUUCACCAACAGCAAGUCCUGUGCAAAUCACUAAAAAUGGAGAAGAAAAUAAAAUUUUCAAUGGAAUACCAGAUUGGGUUUAUGAAGAGGAAAUGUUUGGCACCCAUUCUGCUCUCUGGUGGUCUCCAAAUGGCGAUUUUGUGGCAUAUGCAGCAUUUGAUGAUACACAAGUUCCCGUUAUAGAGUAUUCCUUUUAUUCUGAGGACACCUUGCAGUAUCCAAAGACCAUUAGAAUCCCAUAUCCCAAGGCAGGAGCUACAAAUCCCACUGUGCGGUUCUUUAUUGUGGAUACCAGAUCGCUUCCUGUUGUCCGCUCUGCUGAAAUUUCUCCACCUGCAGAAAUAGGAUCAGGGGAUCAUUAUUUAAGUGUUGUAACGUGGGUGACAGAUGAAAGGAUCUGUCUGCAAUGGCUCAGAAGAAUUCAGAAUUUUUCAGUCCUCACAGUCUGUGACUUUGAAAAUGCUACUGGAAAUUGGUCAUGUCCACGGGAAAAACAGUUUACGGAAGAAAGUACAACUGGCUGGAUUGGCAGAUUUCAGCCAUCUGUCCCUCGCUUUGCACCCGACAAUGCUACCUACUACAAAGUCUUCAGCAAUGCAGACGGUUACAAGCACAUCCAUCGCAUAAACGGCUCACAGGGUCCAGUGCCUAUUACUGCAGGAAAAUGGGAAGUAAUCAGCAUAGAAGCUGUAACCAAUAACUUCUUAUACUACAUUAGUAAUGAAAAUGGUGGAAGGCCAGGAGGAAGAAAUCUUUAUAAAGUGCUCUUGGAAAGCAGUCCAGAUUCUACUAAAUGUGUUAGCUGUGAUCUGAAUCAAGAAAGAUGCCAGUAUUAUUCUGUGUCCUUCAGCAAAGACGCACAGUAUUAUCAGCUAGAUUGUCUUGGUCCUGGCCUGCCUGUAUCUACUCUGCACAGAAGCAGCGAUGAUGGAGUCCUCAGAUACUUGGAAAAUAAUACUGAACUGGAAAAUUCAUUGAAAGAUAUUCAGAUGCCGUCAAAAAAAAUUGAAACCAUUAGUGUAGGUGGAUACGACCUGUGGUACCAAAUGAUAUUGCCGCCCCAUUUCGAUUCAUCAAAGAAGUACCCUCUGCUCCUUGAUGUGUAUGCAGGACCCUGUAGUCAGAAAGUAGAUUUUACCUUCCGGAUCAGCUGGGCUACUUACCUUGCAAGCACCGAGCAGAUCAUUGUGGCCAGCUUCGACGGCAGAGGAAGUGGAUACCAAGGGGAUGAAAUUAUGCACGCAAUAAACCGAAGGCUGGGAACGUAUGAGGUGGAAGAUCAGAUAGAAGCAGCCAGGAAAUUUUCUGAAAUGGGCUUUGUUGAUAAGAACAGAAUAGCUAUUUGGGGCUGGUCUUAUGGGGGAUAUGUGACCUCCAUGGUGCUUGGCUCUGGAAGCGGCGUGUUCAAGUGUGGAAUAGCGGUUGCCCCCGUGUCACGUUGGCAAUAUUAUGAUUCAAUAUACACGGAGCGAUACAUGGGCCUUCCUAUAGCAAGUGAUAAUCUGAACAACUAUAAUAGUUCAACAGUAAUGGCCAGAGCUGAAAAAUUCAAGCAAGUUGAAUAUCUCCUUAUUCAUGGAACAGCAGAUGAUAAUGUUCACUUUCAGCAAGCAGCGCAGAUUUCCAAAGCUCUUGUUGAUGCUGAAGUGGAUUUUCAGGCAAUGUGGUAUACCGACAAAGACCAUGCCAUCAGUGGUCAAGCGCAUAAGCAUAUUUAUACCCAUAUGAGCUACUUCAUAAAGCAGUGUUUCUCACUGCACUAGCACUGUGGUUGUUCCUGAUGGUAUUUCUCCAGAAAACUCUCUAGCUGAUGUACACUGAGCCAGUAAAAACUUUAAUGAAUCAAGAUGAGAUAAGGGUCAGCUCUUGGGAUACCUGUGUAGACAAUGAAAUGAUAAUCAUUAUGAUGAUUCUUGUUGCCAAGCAACUAUUGCAUUUUUAUUGAUUGUGUUUAAUCACGUCUUAACAUCACCAGAAUGUAGGUGUGUUGCAGACUUCUAGAAAACCUGCUACUUGCUUGAAUCAGUAGCUUUUGAUAUUUCAGCCUAAAAGAGAACCAGUCCAGUUUCCAUAUUAGGGUAGUGAAUGGUGAAAAUGUCACAGAGGAACCAACACGGAGAUCAGUUGAGGAAUAAAAACAAUAACGUUUCAAACAAAAAAAUAAAAUUAAACCUGUGAUCGCUUCUGUGAAAAUACUGAUAGAACUUCAAACAGAUUUUGCAGAAAUUACCUAAUGUUUGCUCAAUUACUAUUUUAGAAACAGUAUCAGGAAUACUGCAAUGUUAAUAUUUUCUAUGCAGAAUGAAACACUUUUUGUUUACUGCAGUUCAUUCAGUUAAUACUUCCUCUGCAAGCUCUUGGAUUACAGUUGUAGAAGUCUUGCAAGGAAAGCACAUAAACAGCUUUCACCAAAGAUUUUGAAUGAUACCUAGUCAAACCAGUGGCACUGAAUUUCUUUGUUUCCUAUCAUAGUACUGUUAUUUUUACUUACUUUAUAGUCAAAAAAGGCUGCUACUGUGGGAAUCUGCACUGGUAAAAUCUUGCCUGGAAACUCUAGCAGCCCACCCUUGUUUCUCUACAGGAUAGAAAAUUUUUUUUUUUAGAAGUUUACUGAUAAAUAGGAUAUAUUCCUUGCACUCAAACAUAAAACAUUACUAUGCAAACUAGCAGUCACUUAAAGCAAGAGCUGGAUGGUAACUUUCAUGUGAACAUGCUAUUUAGCAAACCUGCUUUUCCUUGCAGCCUACCUGUAAACUCACGCUUUGACUUCAGCACUCCAGGUAGGCUUCUCCAGCUGAAGAUAAGAUUAGUUUUCUUAAUUUCACAUAGAUAGAAAAGAUGCAACCCACUUGUACUACAAACUGUGCUGCUUUGAAAUAAUAAAGACAUUAAGUUAUGAAAGGAGGUGUAGUCCCUAUCAUUGAAAAUGCUGCGCAAGAAACAAACGCCUAGAAUUUUACAAAAAUCCACUGAUUUUUAGAGGGACUUACGGUAAAGUUUCUGCUUGUGUUUAAUGGUAUCAUGUAAUGGAGUGUGACAUGAUUAUCUAACACUUAGCUUCUAGAUAUUAGAUACCAGCAUGUGAUUAAUGUGUGUGUUGUGGGUUAUUAGUGACAUUAGGUGUGAAUGUAAAAGUACUCACACAGACAGAUAAAGCAUGGGGGAGAAUGUCAAGACAGUUUGUGCAGCUUGUCCUUAAAUGAGAAAGAGAAGGGGGCCUGAGGUGGAAAAUAAGGUUUUUGGUUUCAAAAACAAACUUAUUUUCACAAAAUAAGUUUUCUUGGGAAACAAACUGGAGAUGGGCAUUACAGAUAUAAUCUUGGGCUCAAUAUAUUAGUGGUUCUAAUGUAGACUGCCCCCACUAUCAAAGUUCUAUAGGAUAGAGGCUGUUAGUUGUCUCCGAGAGGUAACAGAAUCCGUGUCUCUUGAUUCUUUUGACUCAAGGGAAAUAAACAUAAAUGAGUAUAAAGGUAGGUCACAGCCAUGCAGAUAGAUAGGUUAUAAUAAAGAUGUUCAUUAUGAACUUCUGGAUGACUUGUGCAUGCAAGGCGUAAAGAGUUGGUUUGUUUGGUUUUUUUAAAAAUGUUGCCACUCACACUGUCAUACAGACAGAAAAAGUAUUUCUGUAAUCCCAAAACUACAUUAACUAGGCUUUCAUGCAUAUUAAAGAAAUGCAAGUAUUCCCUUAGUGUAAUCAGAGAAGCAUUAAAAAAAAAAAAAAGGCCUUUUAAAUAAAACUAAAAAUCAUAUAGUCUGGUAAAGAUGCAGUUCUUUCUAUCUGACCUACCUUACUGAUGCUAGCAUCUCACUGGGAAACUUCUGUACUGUCAAUAUGCAGUCCUGUUUAACUCUCUUAUCUGUGAGGCAUAACAAAGUCCAAUGCUAAUUAUCUUGUAUUUCUUUGUCUGGAAAGCAACUUCUAAGAUAUGCUGCGAAGAGAGCAUGACGAACCUUUUGAAAUAAAAAAAAAAUACGCUUUUUUGCUAUAGUAACUGUCCUAAUAAACAUCAGUUUAGUGUGUAACUUUCUCUCUGGUAGGUCUCGCUCAGCUCCAAAAAUAACACAGACAGUAGGACAAUAGAGCUGUCUUAGAGAACUUACAACUUACUUGAAAUGCAUGAGCACAAGUAAAUUCCUACAGCUGAGGCAAAAGAAAAAAGCCAGCUCAUUUCAUUGAGGUACAAAGCCAGCACUCAGAACCAGUUGUGCCUGAAGUAGUGCCACAUGCUAGAGUUAGGCACCUACCAAUUACUUUUUUUCCUCUAUAUUUUUUUCCAUGUGAAAUGGCUACUUAAGUUCGUUGCACAUUACACUUUGUGUAAAAGCCCAACAGAAGGAGCUGAUGCCUGAGGCUUCCAGUCUUUCUUUGGUUUAAAAAAAUGGUGAAGAAUCUCAAAGGGAUUAAAUAAGAUGGAGUCAAUACUGUAAGUACUGGGUUUUGGCCGUAGUACUAGGCUUUAAGGCCUCUAAGUUUUUCAGUAGCAGAAAUUUAGGGUCCUGAGAAUAGCAGAAGCUCCCACAAUAGGAGUAGGCUAAGCUGCUGCUGUUAGACACUUUAAAUAUUGUAGCAUUGAGGGAUUUUAAAUUGUAUGACCUUACCUCUGAAAAAGACUGUAAAAGUUAAUCCGUAAAACAGACGCAACUACUGCUGUCUGGUCCACAUCAUCUCUCAUAGGAGCAAGGGGAACCAACUCAUGACCAGUAAACCAGAAUUUAAUUCCCACUGUCUUCCUGGUACAGCUCAGUUAUGUGCCAUCCCUGACGACGCACUUACUUACUUACUGUUAGAGUCACACCAAGUAUACUGCCAUCAACUACACCCUGCAAGCCAACACUGAUAGCACGGCAUGUUUCAAUGAGAUUCCA